AUGAAAGAAGACUUAAAUAGAUUAGAGACUAGUUUAAGAAAAAUCCGCAGUAAUCAAAUUUCUUUGGAAGCAAUCGAAGAACUAUCCAUUCAACAGCAAGGAAAAAACCAAAAAAUCAAACAAUUAGCUACUUUGAAGAUUAAUCAUGAAGGACAAUUAGUUAUCCGUGUUUUUGAACCAAAAAAAACCCAAGCGAUUAACAAGGCAGUUUUAGAAUCCCAAUUAGGCUACCAACAAACUAAAAUGGAAAAAAAUGAAAUUUAUUUUUCCUUAGCCCCGAUGACCGGAGAAAUCCGCCAACAAUUAGGCAAAAAAGUUAAAGAAAUGACCGAACAAGGAAAAGCUGCUUUGCGCCUUAGUCGGCAAAAAAUCCUCAAAUCUUUAAAAGAGAAAAAACUAUCCCAAAAUGAACAAAAAUUAGUUGAAAAAGAAAUUGAGAAAAUUAACGAAAAAUACUUAAAAAAAAUCCAAGAACUUCAAGCAAAAAAAGAAAAUGAAUUAGUUUUAUAA